UUGUCGGUACAAACGGUAAAUAAACUAAAUUAAUUAAGGUAGCUACUGCAAUGCACUGAACUUCUACUAAUAUGCGCCCUUUGCUUUUAGUUUUGGUCCGUAAUGGGCAAGUGACAUAGAAUAAUUAUCCAUUAUCCAAAAAUUAAUAAACGUUUCAUAAAAAAAGUGCCAGCUCGUAGGUUUCAUUUGCACUUUCUCUGUCAUAUUAGGCUCUCACCAUAGAUAUGUGAUGUUAAAGUGGUUUCGACGCCGUUGCCGAAGCCCUCAUCUUUAUCUACUCACUUUUGAUAACAAGCAACUCGAUAUAAAAGCCAGUGGGUCACAACAGCCGCCAUUUGCGCGCUCGCUAGUCAAAAUGAUCAGGGCGUCGGCUAUCCUAGCGGUGACCCUCCUCACCACCUCGGCUGUAGCCGAUACUAAUUUAGACAUUCCCUACCCUUACAACUGUUCCACAAGAUCCUUCUGUACCGAAUUGAGGACCAAGAUGCUCGGAUCGGAGGAAAUCUUCUCAGCUAGCUACGUCGGCGUGGAAGACGAAUCAGUAGUGUUCAAUUUGACCAAUAAAAAGGGAGACUCCUUGGUCCUUUCCAUCACCGGAGUGCAGAAUCAGCGUUACAGGGUGGAGAUCGAAGAACCGGACAGGCACAGAUACCAUCUGGAAUAUGCACUGGAAAAGGAACCAGUCAAACGCCCGUUCACCUCUCUCGAUAUAAACGACACCUAUGUGAUUGCGAUGGAUGACGACGAGAACAAUUCCGUUAAAGUUAUUUUCUCGCCGUUCAGCAUAGAGUUCUACAAAGGCAGUACUCUGGAGAAUACUUUCGAUGGUAGCCGGUUGGUGAUGCAAAACACUGCCGAUAGUCAAGCGUUCACGUUCGCCGUCAACUUCAAAGGCACCAAGAUCCUGGCUGGUCUGCUGGAGCACGUCGACUGGGUCAAUCUGAGACAUACGGCCGACUUGAGCAUCGAUCCUUAUAGAUUCAGGAGUACUGACUACGGUGCUAUGAAAUUCGACCUGGAUACCACCGAGGCCAUGUACGGAUCGGUUCCCACCCUUUACAGUGUCGGAAAACAAUACUCUUCGGGCAUAUUCAUAAAUAACGCCGCCGAAAUGUACAUCGACAUAGACACGACAGCCAGUUCCGCCUACGUCAUGGUGGACGGCGGCACGCUGGACUUGUUCGUGCUGCUCGGGUCCUCCUUCAAAGACACGGUCCAACAGUACGUAGACCUGACCGGCAGACCACAUCUCCCCCAGCUGUGGGUACUGGGUUACCACCAGUGCCGAUGGGCGUACAACACCACCGAAGACGUCGAAACUACCAUCCAAGACUUCGACGAUAACAAAUUCCCGUUGGACGUGCUCUGGCUUGACAUCGAGUACACCUCGGAUCGUAAAUGGUUCACGUGGAACCUCGACAGGUUCCCCGAUCCCAUAGAGAUGUUGAACUUUGUCGACUCCCACGGGCACCGUAAAAUCGUACCCAUUUCCGACCCUCACAUCAAAAUCGAUCCAUACUAUCCGGUCUACACGGAAGCCUUGGCUAACGAUUUCUUCAUCAAGGAUCAAAACGGAUCCGACCCGUUCAUCGGCGAAUGCUGGCCGGGUAAUUCGAGCUGGAUCGACUUUUUGAACCCAGCCGCGAGAGAUUUCUACGCGGCGCAGCAUCUCUACGAGAAUUUCCCGUCCACCUCUACCUUGGGAGGGUUCUGGAACGAUAUGAACGAGCCGACGCUGUUCGACAAUCUGUACGAAAGGACAGCGCCAUUUUCGACAGUCCAUUACGGCAACGUGAAACAUAGAGAUAUUCAUAACAUCUACGGAAUGUUGCAUACAAUGUCGACCCACAAGGGCUUGAUGGACCGCGACAACGGAAGAUUGCGACCGUUCAUCUUAUCCAGGUCGUACUUCGCCGGGAGCCAAAGGUACGCUUCCAAGUGGAGCGGGGACAACUACGGCGACUACGAGAACCUACGAUACACGGUGCCGAUGGCGCUCACCGCAAACUUGGUGGGGGUCGCGGUCUACGGAGCCGAUAUUCCCGGUUUCAAUGGAAAGACGGACGAAAAUUUGGCCAUCAGAUGGUACCAGAUCGGCAUAUGGCUGCCGUUCUUCAGGGCUCACGCGAACCAGGACGUUCCCAGAAGGGAGCCGUAUCGAUUUUCCGAAGAAACGCAAGAGAAGAUCCGUGACGCGAUGGCACUACGUUACCAGCACAUUCCGUACUGGUACACCUUAUUCUACCAGCAUGUGCAAACGGGAGAUCCAGUGAUACGACCUCUGUUUUACGAGUAUCCGGACGACGACAAGGCGUACGAAAUCAACGACCAGCUUUUGCUCGGUACUGAUAUCUUGGCCGCUUCCGUUUACGAGGCCGACGUGAAAGAGGUCGACGUCUACUUACCGGGGAGCGACGCCCUUUGGUACCAAGUGACUGGCGCCAAAAACGUCUUCAAAGCGGGAACCCAAACCAUCGCGUUGGAUAUGACUUUCAGUCCCGUGUUCUACCGCGCGGGCAGCAUAAUACCGACCAAAGCGACCGUGAAAAGAUCGACAACGGAAAUGCGGUCCGAUCCCUUCACCCUUAUCGUGGUUCCCGACAAUGACGGUAAAGCUACCGGGAUAGUUUACAUCGACGACUACGAGAGUUUCGAGUAUCAAGAGUCGAACAAUUUCCUCUACUUGCAACUGGACUACGACGCCAGCAAGGGCGACGCCAUAUUCAUUAAAGAACUGGAUGAAAAGGCUGAUCCAAAAGGUUUGGAGUUCAUAAUUGAAGAGGUGAAAUUGUUUAACAAGACCGACAAAGGUGAUACGUACAACAUCGUGAGUCUGCCCUUUGCUGGCGUAAAAAAAUAAGCGGAUAUAGCGCUGCGAAUGUGUGCAAAUAAAUUUAUUUUUGAUUAAGA